UUGCUUCAGUCUGGUCCUCUAGGAUCUUCAGGCUGCACUGUUAGUGUGUAAACUAACUGGAUAUUCUGCGCUGUGAUUGUGUGUUCGGACUGGUCAGUGUGCGCUGUGAGAGUGUGUUCUGAUUGGACAACGCGGACACCUCUGUAACUUAUCGACAGGUGCAGUGUGUAUUGCAUCCGAGGAGAUAUCUUGUGGGAUUUUUCCUCUACGGAGAGAUCCGGUGUGAUUCGGUGAGAUCCGGUGUGGCGUGCGGUUGCUGUGUGAUGCAGUGUGACAGCCGGCCUGCUGGGAUGGGGUUCGUUUGCCUGCUCGUGGCGAGCCUCAUGGUCCGAGGUCACCUGGCGCUCACCGUGGGUGAGUGCGGAUCUCAAGCCAGACGGCCAGAGUACACCGACAUCACAGUGGUGUGUAGGACCAGCUCCAUUGAACUGGCCAUCCAGGUGUGCCCUGUCAUCUAUACUGGCUACAAUGAGAGCCUCCUGAUCCUCAACUACAUCACAGACCAGAGCGGCUGCCGUGGCACCCUGGACGAGUCGGUCACGCCGCCCGUGGUGCGCUUCACCUUCCCGCUGAGACAAGCAGACGCCUGCGGCAGCAUCUUCCUGACGACCAGCACUCCCGGGACAGGUGUGUUUGCUGACUUCUCCAACAUCCAGACGGUCAACAUCAGCGGGGUCGUCCGCUCGUACGACCCCACUGUUGGUAUGGUGACCUACAAUGCUGAGUUGAAGUACCUGUAUUCUUGCUCAUACCCACUGGAAUACUUCAUCAACAACACCCAAGUGGGAGUGUCUUCAUCAUCCAUAGCAGUGAAGGACAACAAUGGCAGUUUCAUCAGCACCCUGAGGAUGCAGCUGUUUAGUGAUCAAAACUACACCACCCCUCUAAUCAUCCCACCCCUGGGCAUAGAGUUGAGGACAGACAUCUUCGUGCAGGUCAUCGCUGCAAACCUGACAUCCCAGUACCAUGUGCUUCUGGACCGUUGCUAUGCCUCCAUAUUACCCCAGCCCUCCAACUCCACCUUCUUCAACCUCUUUGUGUCGUGCUCCGUGGACCAGAUGACCACCAUGUUGGAGAAUGGGGACAGCCAGAAGGCCCGGUUCUCCUUCCCUGCGUUCCGCUUCACAGAACAGCAGAACCAGACCAUCUCCACCUACUACCUGCACUGCAUCACCAGGCUCUGUGAGAUCAGCACCUGCAGCCAGUUUAAGGUAUGUAACAACCCCAGUGGGCGGCGGCGGCGGGAUGCUGAGAUCACCAACAUCCAGGAAGGCCUGUCUGGCCCCACCCUCAUCACCUCCGUCCCCAUCAGGACCCAGAGUGACACCCCUCUGACCUCUAAAGAGGAGGCCUUGUCUGGUGGCCCUAGAGACGGGGAACGCAGCGCGUCGGUGGGUCUUGGCAUCGCGGUGGUCGUUCUGAUCCUCGUCGGAGUCAUCGCUGUUCUUCUAGCGUUGACCUUCUACCGGAGGCUCCGCCGGCUACGCUAACCGCUAACCAGCAGUCUCCUCACGACCGCACCAUAGGCUACGUUGAAAUGUGUAAGGCAGGUGGAUAAAGAAGAAGUCUGUCUCCAUACAAACAAAUCCAUGACCUCUGACAGACAUUUUCUGCUUUUUGCAUCACAUAAAUAUAAGCAUAGAUGAUGAACAAGAAAAAAACGGUCUGAAAAAAUAUUUAAAAAAUGUUGAAUGCUGUUAAUUGCUAAACACUACACCUUUAGCCUUCUGUUUCUGCUGGACGAGUUGCCUUGCCACCCAGGUAGCGGUAACCCAGAAAUUACCCUGAGUUGUUAUGGGUCGGUUUGGCCCAGUCUUGCCCCAGACUCAGCU